AUGAUGAUGUUCCCUAUAAGUAUCAACACUUUAAAGGUGGUUGGUUCCUAAAGACAUGACUCCACUAAAAAGAAAUAGAAGCUAAGAAUGAAAUCCUUUGGGAUUUCAGAACUGAAGAUUUCUCAAUUUAUGGAACUUGAUACUUACUAGAGUAGAGUAGCAAAUAAUAAACAGUAAUGGUCAAGGAAAUGUGUUGUGCUGUGCUUAGUGAACUCAUUUAUAGAGAUGAUAUGGAUUUAGAUCAUUUGA